GUCAUUCAAAAUUAAAAUCGAGUUGGCCUCCCCGCGGCGUCUAAAAAAAUAGCGCGAAACGAGAUAAAUUAAAAAAUAUCCUGCAAACCCACAUAAUCGGCACAACAUGGAAAACAAGGAGAAUACGCAGGUGCCGAGGCGGGAAGUGCGCUCCUUUCUGAUGGCCCGCGAUCCCUCCAUUGACCGACGCUUCCGGCCGAGACCAAACAAAAAGAUGCGUCUGUUUGACAACAUUCAGGAAUCGGAGGAGGAAAGCUUUUCCGAAUACUCGGACACGGAAUCGGAGUACAAGUAUCAAACAAGCGAGACGACAGAAGGCGCCUCCUGCGCCACCAGCGCAGCAGACAGCAGCAGCGUGGAGACGGGCCCUCAGGUGUUUCUGCGCCUGCGACCGGUGAAGGAUGCAUCCAAGGCGUACAUUGUCUCAGAGGAUAAUAAUGUGCUCAUUACCAGCUGCAAGGCAGAAUCAACGAGCAACAAUAUGAACCGCAUGGAAAAGCAUUUUGGCUUCAGCUCCAUUUUCGACAGCACUGUCGGGCAGCGUGAUAUAUACGACAUUUGCGUGGGACCCAGGAUCAUGGAGGAGGAGUGCGUAACCAUCAUGACAUACGGCACAUCUGGCUCGGGAAAAACGUACACCUUGUUGGGAGAUGAUGUGCGUGCUGGCAUCAUUCCACGUGCCCUGGAGAACAUAUUCACCAUUUACAAGGACACCAUAUUCCACUCACCCAAGCUCAAGCUGAUCAACGGCUGUAUAGUCUUUCUGCAGGAUGACGCCUCUCUUAAGGAGCUGCAGAUUCGAAAAAAACUUUUAAACUUGUGCCCCGACAUCAGUGCCCACCACCAGCGCUUGAAACAGGUCAUCGAUGGGGAUCACACGUUCGAAACGAUGUCCUCAAACGACGUUUCCGUUUUGGUUUGGGUCUCCUUCGUAGAGAUCUACAACGAACUGGUUUACGAUCUACUGGCCAUUCCACCUAAACAGGAUAAACAAGGCGAGAUUCCGCGAAAGAACUUGAAGAUCGUAGGCAACAAGGGCCAGGUGUUCAUUAAAGGGCUGACCAGUGUUUUCGUGACAAGCAGCGAGGAAGCACUGCGGCUGCUUCGGCUAGGUCAACAGCGCUCCACAUAUGCCUCAACUUCAGUGAACGCCAACUCCAGUCGGUCCCACUGCGUCUUCACUGUGGACAUUCUCAAGUACAACCGCUCGGGCAUCACCACCCAGAGUUCGUAUAAAUUCUGUGACCUGGCUGGUUCGGAGCGCGUAAACAACACUGGGACCACCGGCCUGCGUUUGAAGGAGGCCAAGAACAUCAACACCUCACUAAUGGUGCUAGGCCGUUGCCUGGAUGCGGCCAGUACGGUGCAAAAGAAGAAAAGUGGCGACAUCAUUCCUUACCGUGACUCCAAGCUUACGAUGCUGCUGCAGGCGGCAUUGCUGGGCAAGGAGAAGUUAGCGAUGAUAGUGACUGUUACCCCACUAGACAAAUAUUACGAGGAGAACCUGAACGUUUUGAAUUUCGCUUCUAUUGCAAAGAAUAUUAUCUUUAAGGAGCCAGUGAUUAAGCAGCAUCGCGUCAGCUACUGCGGAUUUAUGGAAUUUUCCAAAAUGUCUACGUACGAGGGCGGCGACUACGCCAAGGAACUCGAGGAGGAGAACGUCCGCCUGCAAUUGGAAAUUGAACAGCUGAAAUACGAUCAUGUAUUGCAGAUGCAACUGCUGGAGGAGAAACUGCGCAGGGAACUCACCGCCACGUAUCAGGAGAUCAUUCAGAACAACAAAAAACAGUACGAAGACGAAUGCGAAAAGAAGCUGCUAAUUGCUCAAAGGGAAUCGGAUUUUAUGCUCUCCUCUCAGAAGAGGCGAUACGAAGAACAAAUAGAAGACUUAAAAGAUGAAAUAGAUGAGCUUAAGAAUCCCCGAAGUGACAAUGACAGUUCCGAUGAUGCGGAUGAAUCUAAGUCACCCAUUGAAAUCAUCGAUGAUGAUGAAUAGUUUCUUUAAUUCACAAUUUUGUAAAGUUUAAGUGUUUAAAUUUCUGUUUCUUAAUUAAUGUGUUUUGGAGAUUGCUUAGUUGUCCAAUAAAUGUGUAAAUGAACAAAGACAAAAAA